AUGACUACCCGCCAAGAAACUUUCAGUACCUGGACGGACAACGACAUUUUAUUGUCCGAAGGAAAGAAGACGGAUACCCCGUGGCAAUCUUUGAUAGUGAACGAGUCAGAGAACACAUCGAACGAGACCCUCACGAAACGGGCCAAAGGACUACUGGCUACAUCAAUCUUAAACAGAACAAAAGACAGCGCUGAGCUGAAGUUUGACAAUUGGCUGAGUAUUAUAUACUUGCCUGUCAAAGAAAAUAUAAACCAACCAGUUGAUUCAGCACUGGCAGAAGUUAGGCAAGCUUACGACGUAUCGUUAAACGAGGCCAUCGUCGUAAUAACCAGUUGA